UCUUCUAUUCUAUCUAUCUAUGAUCUAUCUAUCUUUCUCACAAAAAUAAUAAAAUAUAUUAAAAACGAAAACUUGAAAGAGGGAGAGAGAAAAAGUACAGAACUUUUUUGGUUUUGGUGAUUUGGGAUUCCAAGUUUCAUUAGAUUUGUUUCACAUUUUCGGGCAGUUCCUGGGUUUCGAUUUUUCCUUCCCCAAGUUGGUGGUGCAUUCUCCUGUGGAAAUGUUUUUCCGGUCAAAUUUUGUUACUUGAUCUCAAUUCAACAUGUGUAGUACUGGAAGUGAUGAGGAUCUGACGUACUGAUGCUUCUGGUUAAUUGAUGAGCUAUAAAUGUUCACGCUAUGGUGUUGAAGAGGAGGCUAGAUUAUGGAUUCAGGGGCUUUCAGGUCCCCAUUAUACCUAGAUGUCCUAGAUCUGCAAGAAGAAGGGUUCCUUCCAAGAAACUGGCUGAGGAUGGCCAAGUUUGUUCUUCGAAGAAACCGGCUAAGGAUGGAAGAGUUUGUGCUUCCAAGAAACUGGCUGAGGAUGAUCAAGUUUGUGCUUUUGAACUACUGGCAUCUUUAGCUGGCAAGUUGUUGCAAGAGAGUGAAAGUUCAGCUUCUAGCAAUGCAUCUGAAGGAAACUAUCAACAUGCCUUUAGCCAAGGUGCUGUUGAGCAGGAAAUGCAGGAUGAAGUUAAACCAAUCACAGAAGAAGGAAAUCAUAAUGUAAGUUGUGCAGAGAGUAUUUUUAUGACUGAGGUGGGCUCACAAAAGAGUAGUGAGAAACGCAUUGAGUGUGCUGAGACUGAUUGUGUACUAGAAUGCAUUUCAGUUAAUAAUAAUUCAGACUGUCGGGAGAAAGUUGAAGCUGACGAUUUCAAGUCCGAAAUUUUAAAAUUGGAGAAUAAGUUUGGACAUCAUUCUAAUAGAUUAGUGGAAGUAUCCAAAGAUCAGGAGGCUGGCAGUUCAGGCUUCAAGGGAUUAUCUUUAGAUAAUAAAUUUAGUUUCAAGGAUCCCUUGAAAUUGAGUGUUAACUCUCCUGCACUAAUUAACUUGAACAGUGAUGUUAAAUCUCCAGUUUGUAGAAAAUUGUUUCCCAAUGCUUCCUUUUCCAGGCAUGGGAAUGAUAUUAAGUUAGGUAUUACAGAUGAUGACGAAAACUUUUUAAGGUGCAACAAAGUUUGCACCAAGUCAAAGGCUUAUAAACCUUCACAAUACAUUGCAAACCAAAUAAUCAGGAAGCGGCUGACUUCCAAAUCCUGGAAGGUUGCUCCAAAGUUGAAGGAUUAUGAACAUUCUAGAUCUGAUGAGGGAGUAAAACCACUGUAUCGUAAGAGGAAGACUUGUUAUAGCUUUGGAAGAUCUCAUCACUACACUUUUUUCAAGAGGAGGAAAUUCUUUGACCAGGGUUCAGUGGUAACUACUGAUGGAGGAUUCAGCAGUGAGAGUGUAUCUGAUUUGCCUGCGAAAGGAAAUGAUGGAAACAACCCUAGCUCAUCUUCAAAACUUCAUGUAUCUAAGGAUUCUCGUGUAAAGUUUAGCAUUAAGUCAUUCAAGAUCCCAGAGCUUUAUCUUGAGGUUCCUGAAACUGCAACUGUUGGUUCAUUAAAGAGGACAGUAAUGGAGGCAGUGAUGGCUAUACUUGGAGGUGAAGUACAUGUUGGUGUUCUUAUUCAGGGGAAAAAAGUUAGAGAUGACAACAGAACUCUUCUGCAGACUGGUAUAUCUUGUAAAGAAAAUCUGGAUAAACUUGGUUUUGCAUUGGAGCCUAGUUCUUUUCAAGCUUCUCCAGCUGUUUGUGUUGGUGAUCCUUCUCAAUGCGAAACAUCCCAGCUUACCAGGUCCCUGGGAAAUCCUGUCUUAGAUUCAGGGAUUUCUGAUGCUUUACAGGAUUCCUCAUUGCUGACAAAUACUGGCAACCUUGUUAAAAUUAACCAUGAAUCAACUUCUUCCCCCACUGACACUAUAGCUGAUAAAUUAACACCAGAUUCGAGAGCGCUGGUUACUGUUCCAGAUAGGAGCACAGAUACAUUAGCUGCGGUUCCUGUGAAUCAGAAAACCAAACGCUCUGAGCUUGUACAGCGUCGAAUGAGGAGACCAUUUUCUGUGUCUGAAGUAGAAGCACUUGUUCAGGCAGUUGAGGAACUUGGAACGGGAAGGUGGCGUGAUGUGAAGUUGCGAGCUUUUGAGAAUGCAGACCAUAGGACUUACGUAGACUUGAAGGAUAAAUGGAAGACAUUAGUGCACACUGCAAAAAUCAGCCCUCAACAAAGGAGAGGAGAGCCAGUGCCCCAAGAGCUAUUGGACAGAGUUUUGGCUGCACAUGCUUACUGGUCUUUCCACCAAGCCAAGCAGCAUUGCAAGCAACAAGCUGCAACCAUGAAGAUCACAGAAGCCUCUGCUGAAAGACACAGUGUUGAUGGUAUCCAACCACUUGUGAUGAUGUAGAAAGAAAUUAACGUUGUUGACUUAUUGCAACAGUGAAAAACAAAACUUGUACAUUUUGAUUCAAUUUCAAGUAAUAUAUCCUACUCACCAAAUUCCUUGCCAGCCUUCAAUUACAAGCAGGUUGGCAUUUGUAAAUGAUUUGAAUAAGUUCUGCCAGCAACUUUAAUUAUGUUCUUUUUUUUAUUAUUCAAUUUCAUGAAUGUAAAUAGAAAUGUCAAAAGAACAUG